AUGUUCGACACGGUCUGCACCCUGCCGCUCUCGUCGGAUCUGUUCACCCAGGCCAUACACCCGCGCGAGCCAGUAGUCUCUGUCGGACUAGCAGGAGGCCAUGUACAGACCUUCAGACUGCCCUCUGAGGAUGCCGAAAGCAACGAUGACGCAGGGUCCAACUCAUCCGCCCGCAAAGGCAAGGGUCACAUCAAUACCAUGUGGCGGACACGCCGACACAAGGGCAGCUGCCGCUGUCUGGGAUUUGGCGUCGACGGCGAGACCCUGUACUCUGCAGGUACCGAUGGCCUGGUAAAGAUCGCGAAGACCGAAAGUGGCCAAGUGGAAAACAAAAUCGCCAUUCCGCCUGAAAGUAGCGGCUCUGUUGAUGCCCCGACCGUGAUUCACGCGCUUUCUCCUCAAACUCUUCUUCUUGCUACGGAUUCUAGCGCCUUGCAUCUCUACGAUCUACGAGUCCCUUACUCCCGUGUGUCUGCGAAGCCCGAACAGUCGCACCAUCCCCACGACGACUACGUUUCGUCCUUGACGCCUCUCCCCGCAUCCGAUACCAGUACCUCUGGGUUCAGUAAGCAAUGGAUCACUACAGGAGGAACUACUUUGGCAGUCACAGAUCUGCGGAGGGGCGUGCUUGUUCGCAGUGAAGACCAGGAAGAAGAAUUGAUCAGCUCUACUUUUAUGGGCGGACUGCCAAGUAGCGGUACUAGCCGAGGAGAGAAGGUGAUCGUGGGAAAUUCUGCUGGUGUCGUGACCCUCUGGGAGAAAGGUGCGUGGGACGAUCAGGACGAGCGAAUCUACGUUCAUCGUGGGAAUGAUGGCGGCGAGUCAAUUGAGACCAUGGCGGUUGUGCCUGAUGAGCUGGGCCAGGGCAAGCUCUUGGCAACUGGCUUGGCCAAUGGACUUGUGAAAUUUGUCCGCAUUGGCCCGAACAAGGUCAUUUCAGAGGUUGUCCACGAUGAGACCGAGGGCGUUGUCGGGCUCGGCUUUGAUGUCGAGGGCCGGAUGGUCUCUGGCGGCGGUCAAGUCGUUAAAGUCUGGCACGAGGCCGUGGAUGCUGUUGGUAACGGGGAGGCAUUGGCUGGUGAAAAGCAUAUGAUGGGGGAUAGUGACGACAGUGAUGAUGACUCUGAUAGCGAUCGGGAGAAGAAGAGCGCCGGUGAACGAAAGAAACGAAAGAAGGCUAAGGGCAAGGAUCGUAGUGGAGGGCAACACAAUACCAAAUCAAAUGCUCUACACUACGGCCCAAUUGGGUGCUCGCAGGAUGAAUUCAAGCCCGUUGUUCUCCACUUCGGCAAAUGUCACGGAAAUGCCUAG